UCAUCGACCAUUCGCUGACGUUCGACCACACAUCGAGAUUUCAAAUGUUAUCCCGUAUAACGCCAGCGGCAUGUCGCGUUUAACGUGCUCGUUUACCGAAAUAGAUACGCAGUGUGGUAUACAACGGUCAACAAGUAAUAAAAAAUUAAGAGUCGGUCCUUUUACCAAAAAUGGCUGAUCGCUAAAUUUGUUUUAUGCAUAUGUAUUGAUACACGGUGAAAAUUGUGCGUGAGGUGUAAAUAACCUAACGUGAUAUCGAUCGUGUAAAACGCGCGUAAAUAUGCCGCGUACCAAAGCAUCACCAAAAAAGUGCGUCAAAACAACAAACUCGUAUCCAGGUACAAAUACGUGGGUUUUUCUUAUGAAAGGCGAUGGUUUAGAUAAUACACACGGGGGAAUACCCGAUGUAAUUAAAUUAAGACACCCAGCCUCUAAUCAACCUGCUAUGUUCGUCUUUAGUCCUGGUAACUUAACAGUACAAGAAGUUUUAACAUUCGAUGAGAACAAAAGAUCGUGGUUCAUAGACGAUAAUGUGAAAUCAGAUGGAAAAAUGCAUUUAUCCACUCCCAUCGAUCCAAUAUUCUUAGUACUACCUUAUUUAAGAAAGUCACAACAAGCACAACCGUUAGAUCAAUGUCUAUGGGACGAAGAUUUCCCAGAAACGUCUCGUCUCGCUCAGUGUCAGAGUUUAAAGUUGACGUUGGUAGCCGACCGUAAGGGAGACGAAUCGUUGCAAGCUUACAAAUUUAACGAAGAAAAGACGUUAAUCUGGUUACAAAAGAAAGUAGAAAGAGUAGCAGACGUACUAAAACAAAAGGGUAUUCAUGUGUCGCAGGGUGCUAUUAGUGCUACUUACGUUAAAAGCGUUAAGCUUGAGAAUGCUUCGGAAGUGGAGUAUUUAAAAUACGCACAUGGUAUAGUAUCGGAAUAUCUUUCGGAAGAUUUGUCCAAAAAGUUAGCGCAACACUUAAAUAUACCGGAUGAAACCGAAACUAAGAAACGAAAAUUAAGUAGUCCUAAAGACGCUACGAGUGAGAAGAGAUCCAAGAAAGAUUUAACUGAAAAUGAGUCAAUACUGAAACCAAAAGUUCCUGAUUUGUCCAAAUCAGAAAAGCCUCAAAAAACUACCGUUGGUAAAAAGGAGUUAGCCAGACAAAAGGCAGCUGCCGGAUCCAAAAAUAUUACCACAUUUUUCAAAAAGAAAUAAACUUUAAACGGUUGUAGAAAGUUAAAGCACCGCAAACGUUUAAAAUUUCGAAUAUUGUAAUAUAUAUAUAUAUAUGAUUUGUAUUAGUAUGAUUUUUACCGUUCUCAUGUAGGAAAUAGAUGCAAAAGUAUGUAAAACUACUUGUCAGAUAGUUGUUUAAACAAUAGAGAGGUAAUUUUCUUUUAUACUUUAUUGGUAGGUAUUUUUAUAUUGCAAUGUCUCUGAACUUAAAUGCAA